UUAACUUUCAACUUUCAAGACUAGGUUGAAAAAGCUUUCUAAGUAAUGUUUUACCUUUUGUUUGACAAUAUUUGAAGCAUAACAAACGCAAAUUAUAGUACUUGCGUAGUCGUGUGUAGUAGAGUCAGUUUCAAGAAAGUUCAUGGUAUCAACUUUCCAAAUCCCCCAUUUUAGCUGAAUCAUAAUUAAUCCAGAUCUAAAUUCUACUUUCAAACUCACCGUCUACUUCCUCUCUCUGCUGCUGUACAAUUGCUUUUUCUCUCUGUUCAUCCAAUAAACUUAAAGUUGACUAAUUAUCACACACAAUAUCGCAUUUCCGGUGAAAAUUCCGAGCAAAAUUAAGCUUUUACGACGAGAUUCGAAACUCGGAUCUUCCAAUAAUCCAAAGGUAUUACUCCUAUUAGCUUUAACUUUGAAAUUUUGGAUCUUCAACAAAUUUCGAGAGAAUCCAGAAUUGAAGGAAGAACUUUCAACUAUGAGUAGUUUAGGUUUUCGAUUAUCUUCCAAUCUGUUUGUUGCAUGAUCCAGUAGUUAUGGAAGUUUUGAUUGUGAAAAGAAACUGUUAGAUUGAAGUAAAUGUACAGUGACCUAAUUUGCUCACCUGAAUGGCUAUGAGAAAGAAUGUGAACAUUAAUUCAAGCAGGUUUUUUAGUGAUAAAAAGUGGAUUAUUCCAUUUUUUGCAAGUCUACUUGUAUCUAUAAUGCUUCUGUUGGCUAAUUUUUCCGGAUUAUAUUCGCCUACUUUUGAUGAUGAUGCAUCGAAGUUUGAUGGUAUGAAUGUUGGUGAAUCUGAGGAGUGGAAUGAUUUGUUUGUGGAAGAUGAAAUUAAAAGAUUAUCAGCAUUGAGUAGGAAUUCGGACAAGGAGCCGCCUCGAUUCGCUUAUCUUAUAUCUGGUACAAUAGGUGAUAGCCAGAGGAUCAUGAGAGUGUUGCAAGCAGUGUAUCAUCCGAGAAAUCAGUAUAUUUUGCAUAUGGAUUUUGAAGCUCCACCUAGGGAAAGAUUAGAAUUGAUAAUGUCUGUUAAAAGUGAUCCGACAUUUCGUGAAGUAGAGAAUGUACGUGUGAUGGAUAAAUCGAAUUUGGUGACUUAUAAGGGUCCAACCAUGAUUGCUUGCACUCUGCAAGCUAUUGCUAUUUUGGUAAGGGAAAGUUUGAAUUGGGAUUGGUUUAUUAACCUCAGCGCUUCGGAUUAUCCUCUAAUGACGCAAGAUGAUUUGUUUCAUGUUUUCGCCAACUUGUCACGGAAACUGAACUUUAUUGAGCAUAUGCAGAUGGUAGAUGGGUGGAAACUGAGACAUAGAGCAAUGCCUAUCGCCGUUGAUCCUGGCCUCUACUUAUCCAAAAAAUCUGAUCUUUUUGAGUCUACCCAGCGUCGAUCACUUCCUACUGCUUUUAAGUUAUUUACUGGUUCAGCAUGGGUGGUAGUGACUCGAUCUUUUGUGGAAUACUGUAUAUGGGGGUGGGAUAAUUUCCCAAGGACAAUCUUAAUGUAUAUGACUAAUUUUAUCUCUUCUCCUGAAAGCUAUUUUCAUACUGUAAUUUGCAAUACCGAGGAGUGGCGCAGUACAGCAAUAGGCCAUGAUCUUCAUUAUAUUGCAUGGGACUAUCCUCCAAAACAGCACCCUCGCAUUUUGUCAAUGAAGGAUUUUGAUGAGAUGGUAAAAAGUGGUGCAAUAUUUGCUCGCAAAUUUGCGAAGAAUGAUCGAAUUUUGGAUAAGAUUGAUAAGGAGCUUUUAGGCCGCUCAAACAGAUUUGCACCUGGAGCAUGGUGUAUUGGGGAUGCGGCUGAUCCCUGCUCAUUACGAGGUAACUAUUCCCAUUUUAAGCCAGGCCCUGGUGCUGCAAGGCUUCAGAAGCUUAUGAACACAUUAUUGUCUGAUGAAUUUCGGAGUAAGCAAUGUUCUUCAAGCAGAUGAAGGUUGAAUGAGCAUCAAAGGUAAUACAAGUUCAUUUUGUCCAGAGAAGAGUUUCGUCUGUUCUUGACGCUUUUCCCAAGAGAUAACUGUUCAAAAUUUUAUGUUUUAUACUGAAUUAGAAUUACUGAUUGUCCUACUUAAAUUGGCAUGUUCUUCAAAUAGAAUGUCCAACUUCGAGCCAAUGAGGUCUUGCUAAGUGUUUAAGGCUGAGGUUGUUCUUUUUUUCCUUGUUUGAUAAUUAUGUUUUAUUUUUACUUAUCCUUUCUUUACUUCCAAUGAUCAAAAGAGAAAAAAAAGGUUCAAUUAGUCCACUUCUUUA